AUGACAACGCCGACCUCCAGCCUGGACCGUCGACUGCGGCAGGCGCUCUGCGAGCAUCCGCGGGAGCAUGACUAUCGCUAUGAUGCCAGCGCAAAAAACAGCCUCCUAGAGUUCCUCUUUCGGGCCCUGACCAAUGACCGAACAGAUUACUUGGGUGAACUCUUCCCCCAGGGUUUCCCUCCUUCCUACAAGCUUCAAGACGCACAGGGAGUACAAGAGAAUGCUGAGUAUAGUGCGGCUGCAAGAGGUCAUCCAUGUGGACACAUUUUCAAGCCGGGAGAGGCCAGCUACCACUGUAGCACUUGCACCGACGACACAACUGCCGUACUUUGCUCGCGCUGUUUCAUUGCGAGCGACCAUGAUGGGCAUCAGUAUAGCGUGAACGUCAGUGCUGGGAAUAGCGGAUGUUGCGAUUGUGGUGACGACGAGGCGUGGAAGAGACCUGUGAAAUGUGCUAUUCAUACUGCAAGUGACGACUGGGCAACAACCGACGAGCAUGUUUCUCCCCUGCCAGCAGAUUUGCAAGACUCUAUUCGCACUACUAUCGCCACAGUCUUGGACUACUUCUGUGAUAUCAUAUCUUGUUCUCCGGAGAACCUGCGAUUGCCCAAGACGGUGGAGUCGGUGACCCAAGACGAGGUCAGAAGUCGGCUUUCUGCGGAACACUACGUGCCAGGAGAUGAGGUCGAAACCAACCCUGAUUACUGCUUGAUCAUCUGGAAUGACGAGAAGCACACAGUGCGAGAGGUACAGUCGCAAGUGGCCCGAGCGUGUCGUCAGCGCGAGGCGUUCGGCUUGGCUAAAGCAGAAGAAGCCAAUGAUGUCGGCAGAAGUGUGAUCAGGCACUCUCGCGACCUCAAAGAGCUCACCAGAAUGGCAAAGAUUAUCGAAGAAAUCAAAGUCACGGUGACGAUCAGGUCAUCCAGGGACACCUUUCGGGAACAGAUGUGUGGUACAAUCAUUGAAUGGCUUGCUGAUAUCGCUGCUUCCAGCAUUGCAGGAGACGGCCAUAUCCUCCGGCGUGUCAUUUGUGAGGAGAUGCUCCAGAUCUGGAGGAUUGGAAGUGAGGCUUGGAACGCCAAAGUAGGAAGAGAAGAUCUGGACGACCAUGGCGAGGAGGACGAUCGCGAAUACAGAAGGAGAACAAGACUCCGCUUUUUUGACCCCAUCCAAUUCGCAAUGCAACGAGCAGUGGCGGGGGAAAUUCUUGACGAUGAAGAUGAAGGUAGUGACGGCGACGAGACUGGGGACGUUGAUGAUGACGAAGACGACGAAGAUGAAGACGACAACGAACUGGUCGAUGUGGAUGACCGGGAAAUGAACGAUCUCCUCCUCGCGGCAACGGUUUUCGACGCGCCGCAUCGCUUGAAUCUUCUGGCCGAACAAGCAGGCGACGCAGAUGUUACAGAUGACGCUGAAGAAAUGGACACCGACGGUGACGGGGAUUUCUUGGAUAUUGCAGAGCGGAUGGAUAUGGACGGGCCAUCACCUACACCGCCAGCACUUCCUCCUCAAGAUAUUGGAGACCCUGGAAACAAUGUGGCAAUGGGCGAGGGUGCGUCCCCCACUGAUCCGGACAGCAAUGCCAAUUACCUCAAUAUACCAAGGACGCCCGCGGCCUCUGCACGCAGAACACGGCACCGUCCCCCGCCGCCAAAUCACUGGAAGUUAGCUCCGUCAAGUCAGCCUCCCCAGAAUGCGACCAUCCCUGUCUAUGAGGACCUGACGAAAAAUAUCCGAGUGGACUCGAUGAUCCUCUUCGAUCUGCGCUUGUGGAAACUCGCAAGGACGAACAUGCGGGAUCUCUUCAUCAGCACACUUGUCAACAUCCCCCAAUUCAAACGUAUCCUUGGACUAAGGUUCUCCGGCUUGUAUACAACCCUUGCCCAGCUCUAUCUGGUGGCAGAUCGCGAACCAGACCACUCUAUCAUAAACUUGUCAUUGCAGUUAUUGACCACGCCCUCUAUUACGGAAGAGGUGAUUGGGCGGGGCAAUUUUCUCACGAAUUUGAUGGCCAUUCUUUACACCUUUCUGACUACCAGACAGGUGGGAUUCCCGAAGGACCUUGACCCUGGAGCCACUCUAGGCUUCGAUGCUGGAUCCGUCGCCAACCGUCGACUCUAUCAUUUCUUCUCUGAUUUGAGAUACUUUCUUGCAUCCCCGUUCGUUCAAGCGAAGGCCCGAAGCGAGCCACAGUAUCUGUCCCAAUUCCUUGACCUGGCCAAACUGUCCCAGGGCAUCUGCCCUAAUGUGAGAGCAGUGGGGGAACAUGUUGAAUACGAAACAGAUGCCUGGAUCAGUGCCUCUUUGUUGACACGUGAUAUCAACAAAUUAUGUCGACAGUUUGCGGAAGCAUAUUACGUCUCCAAAGUCAGCAGUUCUUCGGCUCUUCGCUCGACUUGGGACGCAAUUUCGCACGCCGCCGGCGUCGCCAUCAUUAAUUCCGUCGGGCUCGAGCGACGCCGGUUUGAGCAGGCAGAGAUCAAGGAACCUGUCCGCUUUCACACAGUGGCACCAUAUGGCUACAAAGUUGUCGACUUCGUAGUGGAGAAGGGCGCGUUAAGUUUCCAUCAUCCGCUGCACUAUACGCUCUCGUGGUUGUUAGAAUGUGGGAAGGAAUUCAAGCAGUCCAUACAUACUCUCCGGGAAACCGCGCAAACAUUCUUGUCACACCUACACGAUACCCAUUUGGGCUCCCGAGACAGUGCAAUCAAAACUACUCUCAACUCAGCGGACGAUGCCCUCCUUGCGAUGUUCGACUACCCUCUUCGCGUUUGUGCUUGGUUGGCGCAGAUGAAGGCCAAUCUUUGGGUCCGGAAUGGGAUGAGUUUGCGCCAUCAGAUGGUGCAGUACAAAAGCGUCGCUCAUCGUGAUGUUGGACAUCAUCGAGAUCUGUUUCUUCUACAGACGGCACUUGUAGCUUGUGACCCUAGCAGAGUGCUUGCGUCGAUGAUCGACCGUUUCGGCCUCUCUGCUUGGAUGCGAAAUGGGUUUGACUCGCUCGAGAUCUGCGAUGACAACCAGAUGCUGGAUCUUGCGGAGGAUUUUGUAUACCUUUUGAUCAAUCUACUUUCGGACCGAGAUGCUCUCAUUUCCGAUCGAGACAAUAUGGAAACACAACUUCUUGCACUUCGAAAAGACAUCGCACAUACGCUCUGUUUCAAACCGUUGUCGUAUUCUGACCUUUAUUCUCGCUUGACGGAGAGAGCACAGGACCAUGAACAAUUACAAGAAGUUCUUGAUCAGAUGACCAGAUACCGGCCCCCAGAAGGUCUCCACGACUCCGGCUUAUUUGAGCUGAAAGAAGAGUACUUGCAAGAGCUGGAUCCGUAUAACUCCCAUUUCACGAAGAACCAGAGAGAUGAAGCAGAGAACAUUUACAAGAGCUGGAUGGGCAAAAAGCUGCACAAGCCCCCGGAAGACAUCGUCCUGGACCCCAAGCUGCACCCUAUUCCGUGCGAAGCAUACGCCAGUCUCUGUGCCGUUGUAAACACCACUAUUUUCGCAGAUGUCAUUCACAAGGCACUUGUCUACGUUGCACAUGGUCAUAAGUCUAAGGCUGGUGUUUCGGCAACACGCGUUGAGGCGUUCCUUCAAAUUGUUCUCCAGCUUGCCCUUAUCGCCACAUUGGAGGACAAUUCCUCGGAUGAUGCGGGCGACGGCCCCUCCUUCAUUCGCCAUGCCAUGAAGCUCGAAUUGGAAUCUUAUGAUAGCCCACCAUCUACCAUAAUUGCGGUGCUGUCCAAGAUAUGGCUCAUGGAAGAAUUCAGCUCCUGCCGAAGCAAAAUCAGACACAUGCUGCGGCUUUUCCAUCAGGUGUUGCCUCACCAAUUUACAACUGCAACACGGAACCUGGAUUUCCCAUCAGGCAGAUUCGACACAGCUUCUCCUGCGAACAUCGAAAGCGAGAUCGAGGCUAAGAAAAAGCAAGCAAUGGAACGAAAAGCAAGAGUCAUGGCUCAGUUUCAGCAGCAACAACAGAGCUUUAUGGACAAGCAAGGCAUGACCGACUGGGGGGAUGAAGACUUGGAUUCCCCAGAUGAAGAGUUACCUAAAUCUACCGAGAUGCGGCACUGGAAAUAUCCUGCUGGACUAUGUAUCCAAUGUCGUGAAGAUACGUCAGAUUCAAGAUUCUACGGCACGUUUGCUAUGAUCACCGACGCCCACAUCUUGCGGGAGACGGCCACGGAUGAUGUGGACUUCGUUGGUGAGCUCUUUGCGAUCCCUGACAACCUAGAUCGCUCUCUCGAGAAUAUCCGGCCAUUUGGAGUCUCAGGUUCCAAUCAUGAACAGGUGAAGCGUCUGACAGCAGAUGGCCAGGAGGUCACCGUGGAUUUUCAAAGCUUGGGUAAAGGCUGGCCACAAGGCUAUACCAUGAAGGGCCCAGUCUCGACGAGCUGCGGUCAUAUUAUGCAUUUCACUUGUUUCGAAAACUACUAUCAGUCAAUUACACGGAGACACUCGCAACAGGUCGCCAGGAACCACCCCGAACGGAUAUCCUUGAAGGAGUUCGUUUGCCCUCUGUGCAAGGCGCUAGCAAAUACAUUCCUACCGAUCGUGUGGAAACAUUCGCAACAAUCUUACCCCGGAACACUUCAAGUAUCGCAAGAGUUCGAUUCCUUCUUGGACAAAAAUCUGCCAUCAACUGAUGCACCAACCGCUGCUCAGGACCCCUCAUUCGAUGCUCAUGCCUCGCAGACCUACUUACAGACUCUGGCAACAUUCUCCAACAGCUCCCUGGCCCCAGCCAUAGCUCGCUGGCAAUCUGGUGAUCUCACCAUCAGCCCAACAAGCCAAGCAUGGGCCGAGCGACCGGAGCUUGCCGCUUUCGCUGAGCUCGCAAGUAUUUACGGUCGGCUUCGAGAAACCCUUGCGAUUGUGGCGGCGACAAGCCGAGUCGCAGCUCCUCAGGAGGAUUCGAAUUUGAACCAUUUUCACCUCCUGGUCGACACAUUGGCGAAUACCAUAUGCUCAGUCGAGAUCGGCCACAGAGGCCGCGAAGCUGAAUUCGGCACUUCGUUGUUGACAAGCAUGCCGCAGCAGACACUCAGUCACCUACAAACGCUAUCGUCAACCUUGAAUGCCUACGCGGCUACAGGUGCACUAACAGUCCGUGGUUCCGUUGAGGCGCAGUACAGAGAGCUUUGCGAUCGCCUUGAGCGUCAGUUGGCUGGAAUAACAAGUAACAUGACGCCGUCAACCGAGUCCGAAACCGCCGUGCCUCUCCUAUGCAUGGAUCCUUUUCAGUUUCUAGUUCAGGCAACGAUGGUGCUUAGCCCCAUUCGGAGCCUAGAGCUGCGCCAUGUUUUACAAAUGGCUCUGACCCUCGAGCUCCUCCGAGUGGUUCUAGCUUUCUUGCUCAAGCCCACGGCUCUCUCGAAAGUGGGCGAGAUGCUCACUCAAAACCACAUCCGACAGGCCAGUCUUCCAACUUCAGAAACGGAGCAGCGGCGUAGUUUGGAAGAUAUUGUUUUGUGGAUCAGACAACAAAUUCAACAAACAGACGAAGGUCGCCACUUUCCCAAUGACCUGUCACCCACUACGACUGGGAUGUUGUUCAAGUUGUGCAAGGUGUAUGCUCUUGCUUUCCUCCGAAAGUCUGCCGUCUUCUUUCAUGUCGCGCACGGCGUCGAUUUUCCCACCACAGCCGGCUCCGAAGCAGGCUUGCCGGAGCUCGAGCGUCUGUGCCAUCUCUUACAUGUGCCAAACAUCGAUGACAUUCUCAGAUCAUUUAGCGAGUACUCGACUUCCGGCACUCUAAAAUAUCGGGCCGGGAUUUGGCUUCAGGAUUGCAUACGUUUUGAAAUGAUGAAAAAAGGGAUGCCUCAGCUCGUCGGUGUGCCUGUGCGUCUGAUGGGUAUCAAGUUGUUACACCCGGCACCGUUUGAAUUGAUUGGGCUUCCAAAAUAUUUUGAUGUGCUGAUGGAAGAAUCGCACAGACAAAAGUGUCCUACCACAGGCAAAGAGGUGCUAGAUCCUGCCCUCUGCCUCUUUUGCGGGGAGAUCUUCUGUUCGCAGACUGUCUGCUGCCAGACGAAAGACAAGCGCGGCGGCUGCAAUGCGCAUAUCGAAAAGUGUUCGAGUCCAAUCGGUAUGUUCUUAUUCAUACGGAAAUGUCACGUAGCACUACUGCAUGUCACCAAGGACCCCAAGGUUGGUAAUCAAGAUAUUCUCCGGCGAAUCCAUGGGCUGCCACCAAGUUCUACCAUGAGCCACGGAUCUUUUUUUCCAGCACCUUAUUUGACCAAACAUGGGGAGACGGAUUCGGGGUUGAGAUCGAAACACCAGUUGAUUCUCAACCAGAAGCGGUAUGACAAGCUGCUGAGAGAUACUUGGUUGAUGAUCAACGGCAGUGUUUGGAGCACAAUUGCUAGGAAACUGGAAAGCGAGGUCAAUGCCGGCGGUUGGGAAACACUCUAG